AUGGAUAUACGAAUUCUAAAGGCCUUUAUCUUCAUCUUUUUGACUAUGAUUGGUAUUCCAGGAAACCUUUAUAUUAUAAUCCAGUUUUUCCUUAUUAGGGUGUUAGAAAAGAGACUGCUACCAUCCAACAUAAUUCUGCUAGUCUUAGCAUUUGCAAAUCUUCUCAUUGUCUGCUCUCGUGUCAUCCCACAGUCACUGAAUGCUCUUGGAAUUGAGGACUUAAUGGAUAAUACAAACUGCAAGAUGUCUGCAUAUACCUACAGAGUCAGUAGAGCUAUGUCUAUAUGUACCACCAGUUUGCUUAGCUGUCAUCAGUGUAUCCUUAUUGCCCCAAGCACUAAGAUCUGGGUCUAUUUAAAACAAAAGGUGUCUCACAAUAUAUCACCAAUUAUUCUUGGAAUUCUUUUGAUGAAUCUAGUCAUUUACCGCACUAGUUUUAUGUAUGGCAAUGCAAGAAGUAAUAACACUUCUCCAUACACACUGCAUCUGGUUUACUGUGACACUGAUUUUCAAACAUAUGUAUCUUAUAUUGCCAAUGGGGUUGUUUUUGCCUCUAGAGACUUUCUUUUUGUUGCAAUGAUGGCUCUUGCAAGCUUUUACAUUGUGUAUGUGCUACUCAGACAUGAGAAAACUGUAAAAAGCAUACGAAGCUUGAACAAAGCAAAGAGUAAAUCAGUUGAGUAUAAAGCUUCUAGAGCUGUAAUAUUACUGGUUAUAUGCUAUGUGGUAUUCAUGGGGCUGGAUAACUCUAUGUGGAUCUAUACUCUGACACUCGUAAAUGUCAAAACAGACAUGAAUGAUGCCAGGGUUGUGCUAGCUUGUGCCUACUCUGCAGUGAGCCCUUUCAUCAUUAUUGUUACCAACCCUAGAUUACAGCAAUGCCCACUAUGCAGGUUUUGGAGAAGACUUCAGGAUUUACCAUCCUCUUCCUCAUUUGACAUUCAUUUGAAGCAUAUUAGUAUAUAA